AUGAUUGUCCCUUCUCUUUUUCCGCUCUUUCUUGUCGCGUUGUCCUCGCUCACCUACGCGGCAUCCGACUACCAUGAGAGCCUCACCUUACAACCAUUGCCGCAGUCAUCUUUAUUGGCAUCCUUCAAUUUCCGAAGCAAUGCUUCUCAGGCGUCCUUUGACGAGCGGAAUUUUCGCCACUUUCCCCGUGCGCUAGGCCAGAUAUUGCAACAUGCUCACACCAAGGAGUUACACCUGCGAUUCACUACAGGCAGAUGGGAUGCUGAAAGCUGGGGGUCGCGCCCCUGGAAUGGGGUUAAAGAAGGAAACACGGGUGUCGAAUUGUGGGCAUGGAUCGAUGCGGCAGAUGAUAAAGAAGCGUUUGCGAAAUGGAUUACGUUGACCCAGUCCCUGUCUGGUUUGUUCUGCGCAUCGCUCAACUUCAUCGAUUCAACUCGGACUACCCGACCAGUUGCAUCUUUUGCUCUCGCCGGAGACCAUCCAGCAUCGAGUAACCUACAUCUUUUGCAUGGCACGCUUCCGGGCGAGGUUGUCUGCACAGAGAACCUUACACCCUUUCUGAAACUUCUACCGUGCAAAGGCAAGGCCGGUGUUGCCAGUCUGCUUGAUGGACAUAAGUUGUUCGAUGCGGCCUGGCAAAGUAUGUCGGUUGAUGUGCGUCCUGUGUGUUCUAGUCCCGAUGAUUGUCUGGUGCAAAUCGAGCAAACCGUGGACAUUGUGCUCGAUCUUGAAAGAUCAAAGCGGCCUCGAGACAACCCAAUUCCGCGACCAGUUCCGAAUGAUCAGCUUGCCUGCGAUACAUCGAAGCCAUAUCACUCAGAUGACACCUGUUAUCCUUUGGAGAAGAUGUCCGAAGGCGGCUGGUCUCUAAGCGAAAUCUUUGGGCGCACUGUCAGCGGCGUUUGCCCCUUAGGCGGUAGCCAAAGCUCCGAGGAAACUAUCUGCCUGCGCGUACCCCAUGAGCGAGGAGUUGCUGUCUCGGAAGGUGCGGUUGAGACUCGGAAGCCGGAUGGCUUCACUCGGUGUUACACGCUACAGGGCUCCAGCGCAUUUGAUCUGGUCAUGCCGGAGCAGGAAGCUACAACCCAUGUUCCUUUAGAUGAGCCUGUCCUGCGUGCGGAACGGACGAUCGUUGGCCACGGGGUGGAACGGGGUGGUAUGCGGAUCAUCUUCGAUAAUCCGUCCGAUACGGACGCGGUAGACUUCAUGUAUUUUGAGACCCUCCCGUGGUUCUUGCGCCCGUAUGUACACACGUUACAAGCGACAGUCACUGGACGUGAUGGGAUCCGUCGACAAGUUCCCACUUCACAGCUCAUCACGGAGACUUUUUACCGCCCAGCAAUAGACAGAGAACGCGGCACGCAGCUAGAGCUAGCUUUAUCAGUUCCAGCCGCCUCUAGCGUGACUCUGACAUAUGACUUCGAGAAGGCCAUCCUACGGUACACCGAGUACCCACCCGACGCCAAUCGUGGUUUCAACGUUGCCCCUGCGGUGAUCAAGCUCGGUGGACAUGAAAACCCGAUCUACAUGCGCACAACUAGCCUUCUUUUGCCGCUGCCCACGCCGGACUUUAGCAUGCCGUACAACGUGAUCAUCCUGACUAGCACAGUCAUCGCUCUGGCGUUUGGCAGCAUUUUCAACCUCUUGGUCCGUCGCUUCGUCUCCGCCGAAGAGGCUGCCGCACUCACAUCACAGACAUUAAAGGGUCGCCUGGCGGGCAAGAUAGUGGCCAUCCGGGAUCGUAUAAAAGGGAAGAGCGCAAAGGUUGAAUAG